GGCUAAUGAAGAGGAAGGCAACCAAACGUGAAUUACAGUCCCUCGUCGGCAAGCUUGUCUUCGUUUCUGCGUGUGUCCCCCCCGGCCGGCUGUUUGUCUCACGUCUGUUAGAGUCCGUACGUAAACUCCGUUGUAAUCACCACCGAUGUCGAUUAUCUCGCGAUUUUCGGCGGGACUUGGAGUGGUGGCGCCGCUUCCUCCACGAGUUCAACGGGGUCUCGCUGAUUGCGUCUACCGUCUACACCGCACCGGACGACAUCGUCGCAACAGACGCGUGCUCCUCGGGUUUUGGCGCUAUUUCCAAUGGUCAGUUCUUCCAUGCCAUGUUCCCUGACUUCGUGCUUCGGCGAUAUUCGCGACGUCUUCCGGUACACGUAUAUCGACACCGUCGAGACCUGCGUCGUCUCCGCGGACAGAACACGAAGCUGCCAAAGGCCCCGCGACGGCCUCGCGACCACGGAUUACGAGGUGACGCGCAUCGUACCCGAGACAUUGAUCAUCGCCGAGAUCUCCGACGCCUUCGCGGUCAAGCCAGUCGGACUAAAUGGGCAGCGUUUGCCGAAGGAACGUGGUCUAAUCUGCGGACAAUUCUCCGGACGUACCUUCUCUUCUGUUUCUUCUAUUGGAUUUCUCCGUUUCCAGCCACGGUGGAUACGCUAGAAACGUUCGCGGAGUUUCUUGCCCGCUCCUUCAAGGCCCCCGCGUCGAUCGCGAACUAUCUGGGUGGACUUAAAACGCUGCAUGUACUCUUCGGCUACACCGUGGACGCUUUCCUGUCUACAGACAUUGCGCUGUUAAAAAGAGGACUCCAGAGGCGUCUGUGCCACACACCGAGACAGGUCGCGCCAUUCACGCCGGACAUACUGCUUCGUA